AUGUCAGGCCAGGUGAAACGGCAACGCCGGUCCAAGGUCGCUUGUGAGCCAUGCCGGACCAGGAAGCGGAAGUGCAACGGCCAGCAUCCUUGCGAGAUGUGCACAGACUCUGAGUACACAUGCCACUAUGACUUGGGAUCACGCAAGAAACGAAACAAGAAUCUCGUCCUGGAAAAUCUGACGGCAGUCCGACCGGCGCAUGCGCAGCAGGCGGAGUCGCCUUCAGAGUCCCCAAGGGCCCCGACGCCACCACAUCCACCAUCACUAGACGAGGGAUUUACCAGUACUGUACAGCAGUCAAUAGGACCCAAUUCCGGCGCAGUCUUUGUGCAGAACCUGGGUCUCAAGAUCGACCCUGUUAAUGCACUCGAUCCCCAGGUCUUCGCGUGGAAUAUCGGGCUGCGCCAAUUGCCGGGCAGCUUUACGGCGAUGCCGAUAGUGAAUAUCAUAUCCGCCGAGGAAAUGACUGCGUUGACGCACAUUUACUUCGACAAGGUUGCUCCUUACUACGGCUUUGUUGGCAAGGAUAGCUGCUUUGAAUAUAUCUCGUCGAGAUGGGAUCAACCGUCCGCUUUUGAACCAUCCGAUCUCGUCCUUUGCGGAGUGGCCGCGAUGGGCUAUCUCUUUUCUCGAAGGAAAGCAGUGGCUGCAGAGCUGCAUCUGAUUGAGUCGGCCAAGUCGGCUCUCGAGCAGCGUUCUGGGGGCGAGAUACCACCCCUGAUGUUGAUCACGGGAUGGGCUCUUCGGGUUUCUUACCUGCGGUUAACGGCGUCGCCUCACACGGCCUGGCUGGCGAGCUCGUCAUUAAUGCACCUCAUUGACGCGACCGGUCUACACUUGGACCCGUCAUCUAGACAUGCGCUCCUACGACCAACGCUGAAUAUCGACGAUGAUAUCAGACGUAGACUCGUCUCGUUUGCCCAGUACAUCAACACAUGGGUCUCCUUUGACUUGGCAAGAUCACGAAUCGUCUUACAUGGCGCAUCAUACACACCGCCGACCAGUCCAGACGGGGAUUACACGGCGGAGAUGUUGGACUUACUACCCCUUUCCGAGAGUCUCGACCCCUUCACCCCGGUCGACGCCGUCCAGCUUACCGCCAUGCUCGCCAAUAUCAUGCAAGGUAGCCGCGCGCAACCCCCGUCUGUUCUUUCUCAAUGCAACCUCGUCCUAUGCAUCUUCCGCCGUCUCCGUGCCGUUCACUCAACUCUAUCCCCAGCGCUUAUGAGCCAAAUGCUAGCGUUAAUCACGAAAGCUCUCGCCUGCGCACGGCAAUUAGUCGUCGCAAACUGUCCAUGGAGCCACGUGGCUAAUGUUCCCUUCCAGAUUAUCUGCACGCUACUUGCAGUGGACAGUCCAGAGUCCUUGUCUCUGUUAGACGACGCGGUGCAGACUCUGAAAUAUGUAACGAAUGUCUAUGAUACCGAGGUGCUGAGGGACGCAUACCGGACCGCUGGUUCGUUGAUUCUAUUGCAGCAGAGACGCAAGGACCAUGAUUCGGCGCGUCUGAACAGUAUCUUGGGCGUUCACUUCGCCCCUGAUCGUGAAAACUUGUCGCAGCGACGGCCGAGUAUGCAGGAUUCCGAGUCUUUCAGAGAAUUGGUAGCGGAUUUGUCCAGUUCGGAGAAUUUUGAUUUUGCGCAGUUCUUCAUCGCGGAUAAUCCUUGGAAUAUGCUGGGGAUGGAUAGUUAG